CAGUGCUCGCGGGUCGCGUAAUCUCUACAUUGACGUUGGGUGAGACACACGGACUGACUUCUAUCAAUACAAUAAGCCAGUUUAGUCGACUUAUUUAAAUUUGAAAAUAGAAAAGGAUUUCAAAACCGGCGUUCUAAAUUUAAAAAUCGUGGAUGUGGCGUUUCGUGACGAGGAAUAAGCAAGUGACGGCUAUGGUGGCGCUGCUGGCGGUAGCCGCGGCGCUGGUCAUCGUCCUUGCUACCAAGGGUGGUGGGAAACGUAUCACCACUGAUGAUGUAGAGGAACCUGAAGAUGUCAGCGGCGAUCCGCAUGUGUUUGCUGCUUUUAGCCUUCCGUCAAACAACCGUUUCAUGCCCUCAAUCGGCAACGGUCACAUCGCAGCAAACGUCUUCGGCGAUACAGUCUACAUGAAUGGCUUAUACAAUGGACAUAAGGGUGAAAGUCAUCGAGCCAGGAUACCCAAUUGGGCCAAUAUCAGACUUAACUCUACACUCACACGACAUCCGUUUAGCCCAGUCUAUAGUUUAAAUACUAAAGAAGGAGUGUUCAAAGUGAGGGUAGACAGGGAAAGGUCGAUUGUCACGCAAAUGAUUUACGCCCAUCGGUAUUACACGAGGGCUUUGAUCAACCAAAUCAAAGUUGAUUCGAAGACUCAUAACGAUCCAAGCUUCAUCCACCACGAAAUCUGGGUAGCAAUAUCUCUGAUGCCAGGGCCGGAUAGCAAAGACGUAGCAUUCCAGAAUCCAGUUCCAGAGAUCAUCAACGGUCGAACUAUCUGGAGUUCCUGUGGACAGACCUGGGAGUCUGAGGACACGACUUACCAGCCCAUGCCUGUAGACGUGUGUGCCUACUGGACAUCUGUACCUGAUCAUCUGGUGGUGCCUCAGCAUGGCUCCAGGAUUUUCACUUUCGCCAUGACGGCGGAUAAGAAUAGGACGGUGGCGAAAGAGGAGCUCAUAAAAGUAUUGCAGGAGGACGGUGAGAAAUUGUACGAGAAACAUGUUGAAGAGUGGCAGAAGCUGUACCUUGAAGGUGGAAUUAAGAUUGAAGGCAAUUUGAAAUUGGCGAAGAUUGUUCACGGGAUCUGGUAUUACUUCUUAAGCUCUUUACCAUCAGCGAAGUCUUAUCAACCAUUGGACCGGUUCUACGGCCUCAGCCCUACCGGCCUCGCCACAGGAGGCACCUUCGAAGAUUAUGAAGGUCACAACUUCUGGGACACGGAGACGUGGAUGUUCCCGUCCAUCUUGCUGUUGUAUCCUCGGUACGCGAAGACGCUCAUCCAAUACCGACUCGACACCGCUUACGUGGCAGCAGAACUCGCUAAACUCACUGGCCAUAAGGGAUACAGAUUCCCAUGGGAGAGCGCGUAUACCGGGGUAGAAGUGACGCAGCCGUGCUGCCCGCUGGUGGCAGAGUUCCAACAACACAUCUCGGGCUGCAUAUCGUUCGCGACUCGCCAGUAUCUGGCUACCACGAGAGAUGAGGAGUGGUUGAAGCAAGGCGGCUGUGCUAUCGUGACGCAUAUAGCUGAUUUCUGGGCUUCUCGCGCCAUCAUUAACUACACUACUGGCCUUUAUGAUAUAGAGAAUGUGAUGGGACCUGACGAGGAUCACAGCAAUGUUUCAAAUUCAGUAUUCACCAACGUAGUGGCUGGAUACUCGCUUUAUUUAGCACAAUACGUGUCCUGCCUCUGCAAAGACUACUUCAUGGCGAAAGACCCGGACCACUGGGCGGACAUCGCCUGGAGUCUAGCGUUGCCUUACGAUGAGGCGUUAGACUAUCAUCCCCAGUUCGAAGGAUAUCCACGAGGAGAGGAGAUCAAGCAGGCAGAUGCUGUACUCUUGGGAUUCCCGUUGCAGUACAAAAUGAAUGUAUCGACGCGAGCAAACGAUCUAUCAUACUACGAGUCAGUGACUCGGUCAGACGGACCCGCCAUGACAUGGAGCAUGCACACCAUAGGACACCUCCAACUGCAAGACAAUGUAAAGGCGGCUGAGCUGUUCAACAAAAGCUACCAGAGUUAUGUCAGAGAACCUUUUAAGGUGUGGUCUGAACUCCAACGACCCGACAUCGGGGCGAUGAAUUUCUUCACGGGCAUGGGAGGGUUCUUACAAACUCUCAUAUUCGGAUACGCCGGCAUCAGCAUACAUCUAGACCGGCUGGAGAUCAAUUGGCCGCAGCUGCCGCCCGAAGCCACCAGGUUUAAAGUUAAAGGUAUAAAGUACCUAGGUUCGAAUCUAAUCCUGGACAUCCAGACUUCUAGGAUGAAGUUGAUAGUGACGGAAGUGGACGACAACUGGCCGUUGGUUAUGAACAAUGGAAGGUAUAACGUCACGCUGGUCCCGGGUAUGUCGGUAACACUCACAGGCACAGGACCGUUUACAAUACGAUCAAAGCCGUGGAAGGAAUGCAAGCUGCCGGCCGACAUCAUCGGGAACAACUAUCUCCGACCAAUAGGGUUAUAGCCAGAGCCAUCUGUGAAAUACUGUACAAAAUAGACUUAACUUUGAGAUAAAAUAUUUUUAUAUAGAUUUGUAAAUAAAAAAAUCAUAUUCAGGGAAGAAAACAAAAUAGUUAUAUUUUUUUAAAUGCAAAUAGUUAUAUUU